AUGUUAAAGAAUAAGACUACAGUCAAUGCUUUCCAUAGCAGUCAUUCGGCUGGUAUUGCUGGAAAAGGAAUUAAUACAUCGACCCCGACUACUACUACUCAAAGUGCUCCUAAGCCACGUGGAGCUCCUCCUGUGCAUGAGGCAAGCUAUUUACAGAGAGGGGAUCAACGUACAGUCGAGGCACCAAUUUCUUCUCAAAGUGCUCCUAAGCCACGUGGAGCUCCUCCUGUGCAUGAGGCAAGCUAUUUACAGAGAGGAGAUCAUCGUACAGUUGAGACACCGACUACUCAAAGUGCUCCUAAGCCACGUGUCGUUCCUCCGCAGACUUCUACACAGCAGACUCCAAGAGCUCCAGUUGUUCAUCCACAAACUGCUAGACCUUCAGGGGCUGCUGGUGUUCAAUCUUCAAAUAGUAUGGGAAGGGUGAAGAAGGGUCCACCGAGUGAUCCAAGGCUUCAAAGUGCUUCUAAGCCACGUGGAACUCCUUCUGUACAUGAGGCGACCUAUUUACAGAGGGGAGAUCAACGUACAGUUGAGAUAUCUUCUUCAUCGACUUCAAAAAAACGGCAACAUGAACGUCUUCCACCAAUGGACAAUAAUGUUAUUCGUCAACAAGAAGUAACUGCACAAUCACCACCUUUCAAACGUCAAAAUCAGCCUCAACAACGCCAACCUGAGCAACUUCUUCCAACCCCAACAAUUCAACAAAAAAUUGUUGGUGGUGGUCAGCAACAACGAGAAGAAGAAGCUGUUUGUCAACAAUCUUUAACUUCUCAACAAAAUAAUGGAGAAAUUUUUAAAUUUGUUCAAAUUAUUUCUGAGCAGAACGACCUUAUUAAAGAAAUAAAUCAUCACUAUCAAAUCGUGGUGCCAGAGAAGAUGAAAAUGAUUAGUGAAAUUACUGAGAAACUUGCAAAAUUUGCGGAGGCGGUUAAAACAAGAAUUUAA